AUGCCAGUUCCAAUCGAAUUCUCAGCGGAUGACACAGUAAACAUAUUGGUGUUAGAUGAACUGGAUUACAACCGGUUUGUAAUAGGUAGGGAACUUCAACGGUGUCUUGCUUUAAUUACAGACGUGCAAACAAAGGUUUAUGAUGUAGUCAUGGAUGUUGUAUCCAAUGACCGUGGUGGAAUGUUCUUUCUAUAUGGCCAUGUUCGUUCCAAGGGAGAGAUUGUAAUUAACGUUGCAUCGAGAGGUAUAGCAUCGUUAUUGCUCCCCGGUGGAAGAACAACUCAUUCUCGAUUCGGACUACCCAUAAAUGUACACGAGAGUUCCACCUGUAGCAUAUCGCAACAAAGUCCACAGGCGGAGUUGUUCAUAAGGACAAAGCUUAUUAUAUGGAACGAGGCUCCUAUGAUGCAUAGAUACUGUUUUGAAGCGCUUGACAUGACAAUGAAGUCAAUAUUACAGGUUGACAAACUCUUUGGUGGAAAGGUGGUUGUUUUUAGAGGAGAUUUUAGGCAGAUUUUACCAGUUGUGCCCAAAGCAUCAAGGCAGGACAUAGUACAUGCUACGAUAAACUCCUCUUCGCUGUGGAAUUUCUGUUGUGUCAUGAAGUUGACUAAGAACAUGAGAUUGCAGUCAUGCUCUUCUCCAUCUAACGUGGAUGAGAAACCUACUGGAAUUCGUUUACCCGGAUUGUUGAGUAACAUAUAUGAUCCAGAUUAUUUUCAAGGGAGAGCAAUUCUUGCACCAACUAAUGAAUGCGUCGAGUUUGUGAACGAUCACUUAAUGUCUCUCCUUCCAGGAGAUGAGAAGGUGUACCUGAGUUCAGAUAGUAUGUUUAGGGACGAGCAAACAAUGGAGGAUAAUGCAGAAAUUUAUUCGACUGAAUUCCUCAACACAAUAAGAUGCUCCGAACUUCGUUCUCAUGCGUUGAAGUUCAAGAUUGGUGCACCCGUUAUGCUAAUAAAAAACAUCGAUCAAGCUAAAGGAUUGUGUAACGGGACCAAACUUCAAAUUAUUAGAACUAGCAUUCACGUUCUGAGUUGCAAAACUCUUUCCAGAAAAAAUAUCGGUGACAUGGUGUACAUGUUCAUUCCUCGGAUGACUUUAAUACCAUCUACCGGACUGCCAAUUAAAUUUCAGAGAAGACAGUUUCCGUUGAUUGUUUCUUUUGCAAUGACGAUCAAUAAAAGCCAAGGUCAAACUCUUUCGCAUGUUGGUUUGUAUCUUCCUAAGCAUGUCUUCAGCCAUGAUCAACUAUAUGUUGCACUGUCCAGAGUUACGAGCAGAGGUGGCAUUAAGAUAUUCAUCAAGUUGGAUUCGAGUGAACUCACCAAUGUUACUCGAAAUGUCGUGUACAAGGAAGUAUUUCAUCGAAUUUGA